UGGGAAGAUGCAUUUUCUAAAAAUAGAGGUAAUUUCUUGAAAAUUGCUCAACUUUUUUGUAAAUACAACAACAAAUUUUUACUCCACUUUGAAAAACACUACAACUACUGCAGCCCAGAUAUCCAGAAUGAAAUAAUUGUAGUGAUAUUGAACCUCUGGAAGAAAUUGUUGAAGAAGCUAAAGCAUGUGGCUUUUUUUCUUUAAGUGUGGAUGAGGCCAGAUGCUUUAAAGAGGAACAAUUGUCAAUGACCGUAAGAUAUGCAAACAGUUUAGACAUAGUCAAAAGAUUUAUAGGUUUUACAAAUUGUUCCACCUCCAGAGAUGUACAAGGACUGGCUACAUUAAUUUUGGACACAUUAAAUAAACACCAUUUGGGUGAUGUUCCAAUUCUUGCACAGUCUUAUGAUGGUGCAAGUGUCAUGUCUGGUAAAAAUCGAGGCCUACAGGAGAUUAUCAAAGAAACUCAUCCUCACCCAAUUUACAUCCAUUGCUUAGCACACAAACUAAAUCUUCUGGUUGUUGACUUAUGCACAAAUGUUUCACUAGCAAAGACAUUUUUUAAUGGCCUCGAAGCUUUGUAUAUUCACUUCGCACAACCUGGUCAUCAUGCGAGCCUGCAAAAAUUACAAGGCACUCUCGGAAUCCAUACCAGCUGUGAAAUGGGAAGUCUCAGUACUACCAGAUGGAGUUGUCGCUACAAAAACUGCCAAGCAGUACUGACAAAUUAUAAGGCAAUUAAAUUGACUUUGGAAAAAGAGAUCACUGAGAACCGUGACAAGCACACAGUGGAAGCACUUGGAUUGCUAAAUAUUAUUAUGAAACCAGAAUUUGUUGUUUCCUUACACACAUUUCACUAAGUUCUGUGGCUACAUGCCAUAAUUGUAUAGUUAUAGUUUAUAUUUUAUUAAAUAUAUUUCCCUUUGUCUUCAUUUCUAUUGUCUUUCUUUCUGGAAGUUUCUCCCUACUUUUGU